UAUUAAAUUUAUAUUGUAUUUUGAAGGGGUCGAGUUUUAUAUUACAAGCGACAAAACUACAAAAUACAGUGUUAGGCUUCAAGAUAGAACCAGACCAACUCUCAAUAUUAUUGCCAAUAAUAGGCAUUUUGUGCGUUCCUGUAUUUGAAUACGUUGUGUAUCCCAUCUGCAAUAAGUGUAACUUGCUAAACAGUUCUUUGCAACGGGUAAUUUUCUCCAGUGUUUUAAUUUUAUUGGCGUACGCUGCAGCCGGAUUUCUUCAGUUAUCAAUAGAGAAAAAUUCAUCGAACUGCGAUUUCAAAAAUAACCUUAUUUUUGUAAAUAAAAGCACUCCAUGUGAAAUGCAUCUGGGAAUCUGUUUAAAUUCAACCGUAAGGAAUGGUACGCAGGAUUGGAGGCAAGACAAUACAUUAGAAUGCGAACCUCUGUCCAUUAUGCUUCAAAUUCCUCAAUACGUAUUGCUGUCAAUUGGAGAGAUAAUAUUUGCCAUUAGUCUUAUAGAAUUUGCAUAUAACGAAGCUCCCGAAAAUAUGAAAUCCACUGUUCAAGCUUUUCUUUUCCUGAAUGCGGCGUUUGCAAAUUUCAUAAUUCUCAUUAUUCAGCAAUUAAAAUUUUUAACUGAAGAGUCUUACAAAUUAUUUUUUUAUUUCGGCCUGGGGAUUUUGGAUAUUACUGUUCUAAUAGUUUUGUCAUACAACUAUAAAUACAGAAAUGACGUUACAGGAUUUGAAUCUCUGUCAACAAAGAAAAGACGAAUGCCAUAGAAACGAACAAUGUCUUUUAAAUAACAAGCUAUUCUCUAUUGUAAUAUUUGUGUAAAGAUAUAAAUUUUAUAUAUUAUAAGUAUAGCACAUACAGGAAGAAAAAAUUAUUUAUAGAA